AUGGAUGUGCUCGCGACAACCUGUCAGGCGUGGUUCUCCGGCAACGGCUCUGCCGCGGUUGUCUUCAACGUCAUGCCCGCGCCCUUCACGAUGUUACGGAGUUGGCUCCUUUUAGGGUCCUCGCUGGUGCAGUGGACGCAAUCGGCGCCGCUGAGAAGAGCUGAUGAUUGCCCUGGGUACACGGCGAGUAAUGUGCAGAAGACGGACGGGGGCGUCACUGCGGAUUUGACACUUGCUGGCGCGGAAUGUAAUGUGUACGGGACGGAUCUGCAUGAUUUGAAGUUUGAGGCAUCUUACCAGACAGAUUCUCGCCUGCAUGUGAUCAUCUACGACAAAGAUGAGCAGGUAUACCAAGUACCCGAUUUCGUCCUACCACGGCCCACGGGCUCAGCCACGUCGGACGAAUCGCAGGUAGAGGUUACCAUCGAGGAGUCACCGUUUUCGUUCACAGUGACAAGGAAAGCCAACAAGGAGGUGAUUUUCACAACGAAAGGGUCUCAGAUUGUCUUCGAAGACCAGUACAUUCGCCUACGCACUUCACUUCCGGAAGACCCAUACCUGUACGGCCUGGGAGAACACACUGAUCCUCUUAGACUACCAACAUCCGACUAUGUCCGCACGAUGUGGAACCGCGAUGCUGGCGGUGUACCGCAGAGGUCGAAUCUAUACGGUCAGCACCCGGUGUACUUCGAACGUCGAGACGAUUACUCUCAUGGGGUGUCCUUACUCAAUUCGAACGGGAUGGAUAUUCUUAUCAACAAUGAUGAUGGGCAGUAUCUGGAGUAUAACACCGUGGGUGGAGUCAUCGACCUUUACUUCUUGGCCGGGCCUUCAGCGAUGGAUGUCGCCCGUGAGUACAGCGAGAUUACUGGUAGAGCACAAAUGAUGCCGUAUUGGGGAUUUGGAUUCCACCAGUGUAGAUUCGGAUACAAGAGCGCAGACGAGGUUGCGGCUGUGGUCGCAAAUUACAGUGCUGCAAACAUCCCGCUUGAGACAAUGUGGACCGAUAUCGACUACAUGGACAGUCAUAAGGUGUUCACCCUUGGCGAAAACUUCCCCAUCGAUAAGAUGCGUAGUCUAGUAUCAAAGCUGCAUGCGAACGACCAGCACUACAUUGUCAUGGUAGACCCGGCCGUUGCAUAUCAAGAUUACGAUGCUUUCAACAACGGCAAGGAAGCUGACAUCUUCCUGAAGAACAGCAGCGGAUCCAUCUACCAGGGAGUGGUCUGGCCAGGCGUUACAGCAUUCCCGGAUUGGUUCCACGAGAAGACACAGGACUAUUGGAACAACGAAUUUGCGACGUUCUUCGACGCUGAAACAGGCGUGGAUAUUGACGCGCUGUGGAUCGAUAUGAACGAGCCAAGCAACUUCUGCGAAUGGCCAUGCGACAACCCUGGAGCUUCCGCGAAGAGGAGUAUUGGAGUGCGGCAGGACAGCGGGUCGAAGAAGGGACUCCCUAACAGAAACCUUUUGGAUCCGAAGUAUCAGAUCCACAACGAGUACGGUGUGCUUAGCAACAAGACUGCGCGAACUGAUAUCAUUCAUCAAGGUGGUUGGGCAGAGUAUGAUACCCACAAUCUUUACGGCACAAUGAUGAGCAAAACCAGCCAGAAAGCCAUGCUUGAGCGUCGCCCCGGACUUCGACCCAUGGUGAUCACGCGUUCUACCUACCCAGGCGCCGGCACAUACGUCGGUCACUGGCUAGGCGACAACAUCUCAGCAUGGGACCAGUACAUAAUCUCAAUCCGUCAUCUGCUGCAAUUCGUUUCCAUCUUCCAGAUACCCAUGGCCGGUGCAGAUGUCUGCGGCUUCCUCAGUGACACGACCGAAAGCUUAUGCGCACGCUGGACCACUCUAGGCGCAUUCUAUCCUUUUUACCGCAAUCACAAUGUGGACGGGGCGAUUUCUCAAGAAGCGUACCGCUGGGAGAGCGUCGCGGCCGCAGCUAGAAAAGCGAUUGACCUCCGUUAUCGUCUCCUUGAUUACAUGUACACUGCCAUGCACCUCCAAUCCCAAGACGGCACACCCAUGCUCGCCCCAGUCUGGAUGCACUACCCCACCGACCCAGCAACCCUCUCCCUAGACGCCCAAUUCUUCUUCGGCCCCGCCUUACUCGUCUCUCCCGUCACAGAGCAAGACUCCGACGCUGUAACUUUCUACCUCCCCGACGACAUCUUCUGGGACUUCCACACGCUCAAACGCGUCACGCCUACCGCUGCGCAAACGACCUAUUCGAACCUUAGCACUAGCGAUAUACCCGUGCAUAUUAAGUGCGCUAAUAUCAUUCCUCUGCGGGUCGCUAGCGCGAAUACCACGACCGCGUUGCGCAAGCAGGACUUUGAGCUUAUUGUUGCGCCGAACGGGGAGGGUAAGGCGUGGGGGACCCUGUAUUUGGAUGAUGGGGUUAGUUUGGAGCAGGAGGCGGUUAGCGAGAUUGAGUUUACGUAUGAUGGGGGGAUGUUGAAGAUGGAGGGGUCGUUUGGGUAUGAGGCGGGGUGGGGGUUAAGACGGUGA